AUGAACCAACAAAAAACAAGCCUACAUGAUAUGAAACAAGCAGGUCCAAGCCAACCACGCAAAAGGGAACCAGAUGUCAACCAACCAGGCCCAAGCCAACCAGAUACAAAGCAAGCAAGCAGGAGCCUACAGGACAAACAGCUUGGCCGGAAACGAUCAGGAACCUGGAAACUAGACACAAGCCAACCAACUACAAGCCAACCAGGAAUGAGAUCAUCAGCCCUGAGAGAACUAGUCCCAAGCCAAUCAGGCACAUGGCAACCAGGUGCAAGCCAACCAGGCAUUAGCCAAUUAGGUACGGGACAACCAGUAAGGAGCCAAUCAGGUACAAGGAAACCAGGAUCAAAUAAGUCAGGCCCGAGUCAACCAUACGUGAACCAAAUGGGCCGGAGUCAAGAGUAUGUGAGUCACACGGGUCCAAGUCAACCGUAUGUGAGUCAAGCAGGCCCGAGUCAACCGUACGUGAGUCAAACAGGUCGGAGUCAACCGUACGUGAGCCAAGCAGGCCCGAGUCAACCGUACGUGAGCCAAGCAGGCCGGAGUCAACCGUACAUGAGCCAAGCAGGCCCGAGUCAACCGCACGUGAGUCCAGAGGGCCGGAGUCAACCGUACGUGAGCCAAGCAGGCCCGAGUCAACCGUACAUGAGUCAAGACGGCCGGAGUCAAUCGUACAUGAGUCGAGAGGGCCGGAGUCAACCGUACGUGAGCCAAGCAGGCCGGAGUCAACCAUACGUGAGUCCAGAGGGCCGGAGUCAACCGUACGUGAGCCAAGCAGGCCCAAGUCAACCGUACAUGAGUCAAGACGGCCGGAGUCAACCGCACGUGAGUCCAGAGGGCCGGAGUCAACCGUACGUGAGCCAAGCAGGCCCAAGUCAACCGUACGUGAGUCAAGACGGCCGGAGUCAACCGUACGUGAGUCAAGAGGGCCGGAGUCAACCGUACGUGAGCCAAGCAGGCCGGAGUCAACCGUACGUGAGUCCAGAGGGCCGGAGUCAACCGUACGUGAGCCAAGCAGGCCCGAGUCAACCGUACAUGAGUCAAGAGGGCCGGAGUCAACCGUACGUGAGCCAAGCAGGCCGGAGUCAACCAUACGUGAGUCCAGAGGGCCGGAGUCAACCGUACAUGAGUCCAGAGGGCCGGAGUCAACCGUACAUGAGCCAAGCAGGCCCGAGUCAACCGUACGUGAGUCAAACAGGUCGGAGUCAACCGUACGUGAGCCAAGCAGGCCCAAGUCAACCGUACGUGAGUCCAGAGGGCCGGAGUCAACCGUACGUGAGCCAAGCAGGCCCAAGUCAACCGUACGUGAGUCCAGAGGGCCGGAGUCAACCGUACGUGAGUCCAGAGGGCCGGAGUCAACCGUACGUGAGCCAAGCAGGCCCAAGUCAACCGUACGUGAGUCAAGAGGGCCGGAGUCAACCGUACGUGAGUCCAGAGGGCCGGAGUCAACCGUACGUGAGUCCAGAGGGCCGGAGUCAACCGUACGUGAGCCAAGCAGGCCCGAGUCAACCGUACGUGAGUCAAGAGGGCCGGAGUCAACCGUACGUGAGUCCAGAGGGCCGGAGUCAACCGUACGUGAGCCAAGCAGGCCCAAGUCAACUGUACAUGAGCCAAGCAGGCCCGAGUCAACCGUAUGUGAGCCAAGCAGGCCCGAGUCAACCGUACGUGAGUCCAGAGGGCCGGAGUCAGCCGUACGUGAGCCAAGCAGGCCCGAGUCAACCGUACGUGAGUCAAGAGGGCCGGAGUCAACCGUACGUGAGCCAAGCAGGCCCAAGUCAACCGUACGUGAGCCAAGCAGGCCCGAGUCAACCGUACGUGAGCCAAGCAGGCUCAAGGCAAUCAACCUGGAAGUCUGUCCACGUAAGACCUGCAGAUGCUAAAGAUUGCCAAGAGAUACUGCGCCUGAUAAAAGAACUGGCGGCCUGUGAUAACAUGCUAGGUACAGUGAAGUUAACAACAACAGAUUUGCUCAGGGAUGGAUUUGGGGAAAAUCCUCUUUUCUACUGCCUGAUUGCAGAAGUACACAAUCCACGUAAACCAACAGAGAAAAUAAUCAUUGGAUUUGCCAUGUACUACUUCACGUACGAUCUCUGGAUAGGCAAGUUACUUUACCUAGAGGAUUUUUAUGUCACACAAGCUUACCGAGGUCUAGGUAUUGGAGAUGAAAUGCUAAAAGUGUUAACUCAGAUAGCCCUCAGAGCCCAGUGUAAUGCCAUGCAGUUUCUUGUCGUCAUUUGGAACCAGGCUUCGAUUGAGUACUACACUUGUCGAGGGGCUUUAGACCUUUCCUCUGAGGAGGGCUGGCAUUUGUUCAGGUUUAACCGAGAACAACUCUUGGAAAUGGCAGAGGAAGAAUGA